AUGCCGAAUCUCAGCCACAUCAUCCCGUUGAUCAUUCUCCUGAUCAUUGUCGCAGUCAUCGCAGUUGUUGGAUUCGUGGCAUAUUCAAUCGCUCAUGACGUCGGACAUCAGACGAGGCAAAAGUUGGAACGAAAGAAUGUAUCCUUCAGUCGGGAAGGAAUGAAAGUAGGGGUCAAAGAGGUCACCGUGGAACAGCAAGAAGAUGCGACGCAGAGGUAUAUCUCAAUUCAUUUCGGGCCUUCAUUCUAG